AUCCAACGUUGAUCGGUAGACAUGGACAAAAUAAUAAAAAUUUCACUGUUCAUAUCUUUUGAAGCAAUUCCAUGUCUUGGACAGAUGGGCGGAGGAGAUGCCGCCCAGACUCUUGUCACUGACUUGUUUUCAAAUUAUAGUACAAUAGUUCGACCAAACAAGGAUUAUUCGAAACCGAUGAACGUUGAUCUAGACAUGAUCCUUGUUGGUAUUAAUGGUUUAGAUGAAGUUGAAGGUAAAUUAACAACAACUGGUUACCUAUCUGUUAGAUGGACCGACGAAUAUUUAACCUGGAACACUGGUGAUGUCAUGAUUCUGUAUGUUCCACAAGAUAGAAUAUGGAAACCAGAUUUGACACUUAAAAACGGCUUUACCAAAUUGACUACACUUGGGUCUGAUUUUAUCCUAGCCCAGAUUAUGAAUAUUGGACUUGUAUGGUGGCAGCCGUUCGAGGUUUUCGAAUCCAAAUGCACGAUUGACAUUACUCACUUUCCUUUUGAUCAACAAACGUGCGACCUUGUUUUUGUUGUUUGGACAUACUUCAUAGAUGACGUGAAUGUUACAAAAGGUGCGGAUGGAAUUUCUACAGAAGAUAUGGAAGAAAGUGCAGAAUGGAGCAUAGUUUCAACUUCCGCAAAGGAGGAUAAAGAAGGAACAGAGUCAAAGGUCACAUUUACACUUACAAUUCAACGGAGCUCUGGGUAUUAUAUUUUUAACAUAAUUAUCCCGGUCAUAUUUCUAGGACUUCUAAAUGUGUUUACUUAUGUCCUCCCAGCGGACAGUGGGGAAAAGAUGGGAUACGCAAUGACGGUUUUCUUAUCAUUUGCCGUUUUUCUGACAAUCGUAAGUUCGGAAUUACCCAAGUCGUCCGGAUCCUAUUUCGGAUAUUAUUUGAUGGUCUUACUCGGUUUCGGAGUGAUAACAGUUUGUAUUACGGCACUUGAGCUCCGCAUGCAUCACAGUCAGAGCAGGGUGCCGGAUUGGGUUAAAACACUGAUGCGAUGUGCAUGUUGCUGUUGUUGUUGCGAAGACAAUCGUGUCAAUGAUUUGGAAUAUACCAAGAAGAAAAAGAAGGUGACCUGGUCUGAUUUUACCUCUUUUGUAGAUUUUGCAAUGUUUUGGAUUUUGUUUAUAUCAUUUAUAGUUUUAACAGUAGUUAUAAUGAUCAUUUUGAAACUUAGGAUUAAAAUGCCAUUUUAAUUUGUAUAAUCUUUUCUAAGAACUUUAAUAGUCUGUCUACUUCGCGUGUGUAGCGUGAAAACAAAAAAGAAAUUAUGUCCUGGCCCAAAGAUUGUGGUGGCAUUCUAAAUUCCUUAUCAAUAAUUAUAUAUAAAUUUGGACCUACAUGAAUAUAUUUGAUAUGAUAGACGUUUAUAUAAUGAAAUAUACAGACAUAGUAGCAUAAACAUGUAUAUAUUUAUCUUAACAUAAACUUGAUUUAUUAAAAAAAAUAUUGGCUUUAAAAAAGAGACAACUCAGUUGAAAUGUAUUUCACAACAGACUGCUCUGUAACGUCUAUUUUGUAAGGGUACAAGAAAUUAGAUCCUUAAAGUAUUCAAUGAAAGUUGUCUCCUAGAUAUGUUUAAAACAUUUCUAUUUUUGCGUUACUGUGUUUUCCCCCAUGUGUAAUCUUUCAAAUUAAGGGAAUUGUAUAGAACUUAACAAAUACUAUCGACUUAAAAAUAUACUUAUUAAGCAUAAAGCUAAACUAGUAACAUAUACAUUAUACCCCAAAAAAUGACCUAAGGUAGGUACAUGUAGCAAAUCUGUUUGGGGAAUGACCCGCAAAUGUAGAUUCUUAAAAAAAAAUAAUGCAUGAGUGGCAUUAGGAGCGCAUUACGCGAGAAUAAUUUCAAAAUUUACUAUUCCCUUUUCUUAAAAAAGUAGUUCAUUCUUGCAAUCAGGUUUUAGAAACUUAUGAUUAAAUUGAAGAUGUUUGCUUUGCAAAAUUGAGAAAGCAACCGAACGCAACAAAAUAACCUCAACGACAUCAAAGAAAAUAACAUACGACUUCGCAAAGAAAUACGGUUUUGUUUGUUUACUUUCUGAAACAAAGUUAUAUGCUUUGUAACUUGUCCUUCUUUGCGGUUUAUAUUUUAGAUAUGUAUGCUUAAAAACUCCUUAAAAACUUAUUAAAGUAAAGCAACGAAAAGACUUUUAUCUGACAUAUUUUUUUUUUAAUUUGCAUUUUUUUUUUUUCUAGUCUCAUAUUGAAAUAUUUCUUUUAAGUCGCACAUCUAUCAGUUUAUCUUCAUUUAACAGUAUGGAUUAUCCCUUAAAACAAAUAACAGGUCAAAUUCGUAAGCAUUCGAGGAAUUGUGUCUGAUGAAAAUAAUUUAUUUCAUGGUUUUAAACUUUUUUUUUUUUUCGGUUUACCAGUUUUGAAACAAAUGUAAGUUCUGGCAUUGGUAUGUUAAACUGUUCAAACCACCCGACGGGGUUUGAUAAGCUUAUAAAACUGGUUUCAGUUUUCAAGAAACGAUGCGAAACCUGUUUGGCUAUUCCAAAAAAGGUUUAUCAAACCUACAAGACGCUGUAACCAGUUUAGAGGCAACCAGUGCACCCUUUGUGUAUAGUAGUCAAAACAGGCAGUAAUUAAAACCUGUGCGGGUGAUCUUAGUCUUCUAACUAAAAUUCAAAGUAAUAUUACCAUCUUUCAGUUUGUAUUUUGUAGGGAUUGAAAUACACAUUGUAGCUUUUUUUACACCUCAAUGAAAGCAUAUGAUAUAAGCAAAAUGUAUAUGUUUAAUAUAUAUAUAUGUAUUCAAGUCACUGUGACUGUUUGACAAUGGCAGUGGAUACACAUAAUGUUAAUUUCAUAUAAGAUAUAUAAAGUACUAUAGAAGGCACCACAAAUACCAAAGCACAUGCACCAAUCACAUAAUUUAUAUAACAAUUAACAUGUAUAGUCACAUCACAAAUUAAGAUACUGUAAAAUCUUUUGGCUAGAUUGUUUAACGGUUUACGGAAUUGAGAACAGGGGACACUUGAAGACAAUUGUUGUUUGUUUUUUGUUUUUUAUGUUGAUGAUGUUUUUUUAUUUAAAAAAAUUAUCAACUUGUACAUUUUUGAAUUGAAAUUGAUAUAAAUAUAUUGAAAUAUAUCAACUUGUAAAUAUGAUCGCGUCUUUAUAUUUGUUAAUAAAAAAAUUGAAAAAAAUUGUUUAUUUUCA